CCUACGUCUCUCGUUUGGCCUUUCAAGAUGAGUCGCCUAGUAUGGCAUUGCCUGGCCAUCACCGCGCUCAUCCAACAGGCAACUCCUUUCCCGCCGUUUCCGAGCCUGGGGUCAAUGCUGGUCCCCAGAGACGGAAAUCAGUUUGAUGACGUUGACUCGUGGGACGCCAGUGACCUUUCAUACAUCACGAAACUUGCUGCCAUCGGAGAUUCGUAUUCGGCGGGAAUUGGCGCUGGAAUUCGGCUUGGAGACGCAGGUCAAGGAUUCGAUCCACAGAGCGACUGGAGCUGUGGUCGACACGACAAUGCCUAUCCUAGUCUAGUCAACCAGGACGGCAGGCUUGGCGACAAGUCUAAGAGAAGAUUCCAGUUCCAAUCAUGUUCUGGGGCCACCCUAGAAGAUGUCACGAAGCGGCAGCUUCCUCAAAUCGACAAGGGUCAACAGGUCAUCUUGGUCUCUGCUGGUGCCAACGAUGCCGAAUUUGUCAACAUUUUGAAUCAUUGCAUCUAUCAGUGGGCAUCUUUCGACUCAUCGGAAAAGGCAUUUGAUAAACUGGGAAAUUCCAUUCCUGGGCUCCUGAAGGACUAUCCACAUCUGGCCGAGUUCCAAAUUGAGGAGUUGACGCGAACCUGUGACGAACAGUUAGAGAUUUCCCGGGAGAUUGUCGAGAGUGACGACUUUGGCCACAAGGUUGAUGAUGUCUUGACUGAAGCUAAGCGCAAGCUGGCACGCGAUGGUACGAUCUAUUAUACUGGAUACGCCAAGUUUUUCUCGACAACCAUGACCGAGUCGUGCAACAGGGUGUCCUGGUCGACGUGGACAGAGGAAUCACACGACUAUGCAAGAAACACGGAGCAUCUCACAGUUGACCUGCGGAAGAAGAUUAAUGACCUCGUAGAUCUGAUCAACGAGAAGCUGGCAUCAGCCGUGGAGAGAGCUGGUUCAAGUGUCCAGUUCGUUGAUUAUGACUCGAUAGUAGGAGACCUUGGGGGACGAUACUGUGAAGACGGGGUUGAUGAGAGGACGUCAAAGAAAAGCACCAGGUUUGGCCUUAUGUUUUACGAGCUCAACACCGUGGACCAGGCGGAUAAGACCCCUUUUGACCGAUCCGAGGACCGCCCUGGAAACAAGACAUUUUCUGGCUCCCAGAAUGUCUUUGCUCAUAUUGCCCUUGCUAUGGGCCCGGAGGCCAAGUUCACCUUUGACCAGAACGCGAAUGGCACUGCGUUGAGUGACUUUAACAUACCGACAGGAGAUGAUGAUUCAAAAUCAUCUGAUGGGGGAUGGCGGAUUCCUAACGUCCUGCCUGACGGAUAUGCUCGAGCUUUCCAUCCUCAGGUUCUCCUCCACCAGGUCAUUGCGAAUCGCAUUAUCUUCGACAUGAUGAGCCAAAACAACAAGGUCAAUGGCUACGGCGAACUCCCGCUGGUCACUGAGAUGGGUUCAUGCCGUGCUGAUUCCGGACCUACAACAUACCUGACACAUCAGGGAGCCAAGACGGGCGAGUUGAUACAAAAUGGCGUCAAACUCAGAAUUCUUCCUGUCGGUGACUCGAUCACGUAUGGUCGCCAUGAGGCGGGUGAUGGCGGUGAUGGCAAUGGUUACCGAGGAAGGCUAAAGGAGCACCUUACACAAAACACCGUUGUCUUUGCCGGUGCAAGAGCAGCCGGAACUAUGGAAAACGGAAACUUUGCUGCUUGGCCGGGAAAGACGAUCCAGUUCAUGGCGGAUCACGUCGAUCCCUCUCUGUUACAUCGUCCUAACCUCAUCCUUCUCCACGCGGGAACAAACGAUCUGGAAGACAGAGCCCGGUACUCAACAGAAGGAAACGACCCUCAAGGGAUGGCAGAUCGCCUAGGUGCUUUGAUCGACCAGAUGUUUCUGGCGUGCCCCGAUGCCGUGAUGCUCGUGGCCAUGAUUCUACCGACCUGCGACCCUCACAAGUCAGUCAAUCACAAGGCAUUCAUCAGCAUGAUUCCCAGCCUCGUCAAAGAACGUAGACUGCAAGGUAGACGUAUCCUUGCCGUCGACUUUACCGAUUUCCCGCUGGAUCAACUAUACGACUGCAUUCAUCCAAAACCCGACGGCUAUCACAAGAUGGGUGAUUGGUGGUACGACUACCUUACUCAAAUCCCCCCGUCGUGGGUUACGGAACCCAUUGGAGAUGAUCCGGUUUUACCCAGUGGUGACGGCCACAGAUACGGAGGAGUUAAAAAGCCCGCUCCUGCGCCUGAGCCCAGCAAGCCAGCUGCUGUCCCCUGA